AUGCCCUAUACACCGUCUGGCUUUUUCUGUGACCGGUUGAUCCGGGAACGAGAGAGGAGAGACGGGGAAGGGUCUCUGAACAAGCCCCUCCGCUUCAACGGCCAGGACUUCAGCUCCCUGAGACAGGAGUGUCUCCAGAGGAAGAGCCUGUUCGAGGAUGAAUCUUUCCCGGCCACCGUGGAGUCUUUGGGCUUCAAGGAGCUCGGACACAAGUCCAACAAGGUCAAGAACAUCGUCUGGAAGAGGCCCAAGGAAAUCUGUGAGAAUCCUCAGUUCAUUGUUGGAGGAGCCAGUAGGACAGACAUCUGCCAGGGAGACCUCGGUGACUGCUGGUUGCUGGCCGCCAUCGCCUGUCUGACCUUGAAUGAGAAGCUUCUGUACCGUGUGGUUCCCCAGGAGCAGAGCUUCUCUGAGGGCUAUGGAGGCAUCUUCCACUUCCAGUUCUGGCGUUACGGCGACUGGGUCGAUGUCGUCAUUGACGACCGCAUCCCAACCUUCAACAACCAGCUGGUCUUCACCAAGUCUGCCGAGAGGAACGAGUUCUGGAGCGCCCUGCUGGAGAAGGCCUACGCCAAGCUGCAUGGCUCCUACGAGGCCCUGAAGGGUGGAAACACCACCGAGGCCAUGGAGGAUUUCACCGGUGGAGUCACUGAGUUCUACGAGAUGAAGGAAGCUCCAAAAGAGCUCUACAAGAUCAUGAAGAAAGCUCUGGAGAGAGGCUCCCUCAUGGGCUGCUCCAUCGAUUCCCUGGUUCCUGCUCGCUUUGAGACUCGUACUGUGACGGGACUCGUGAAGGGUCAUGCCUACUCUGUGACGGCUGUGGAGGAGUGCAAAUCGUCUCAGCACAAGGAGUCUAAGGUUCGUCUGGUGCGUCUCAGGAACCCGUGGGGUCAAGUGGAGUGGAACGGUCCCUGGAGUGACAACUCCAAGGAGUGGGUCACUCUGUCUAAGGCUGAAAAAGAGAAGCUGCAGCACCAGAGUGCCGAGGAUGGAGAGUUCUGGAUGUCAUUCGAGGACUUCAAGAAGAACUACACUAAGAUCGAGAUCUGUAACCUCACCCCUGACGCCCUGGAGGAUGAUAAGAUUCACAAGUGGACAGUUUCUGUGAAUGAGGGUCGCUGGGUGAGAGGCUGCUCCGCUGGUGGCUGCAGGAACUACCCAGACACUUUCUGGACCAACCCUCAGUACCGCCUUCGUCUGCUGGAGGAGGACGACGACCCCGAGGACAACGAAGUGGGCUGCACCUUCGUGGUGGCUCUGAUGCAGAAGAACAGGCGGAAAGAGCGCAAGAUGGGAGCCAACCUCUUCACCAUCGGAUUCGCCAUUUAUGAGGUGCCAAAGGAGAUGCACGGGAACAAGCAGCACAUGCAGAAGGACUUCUUCCUGUUCAACUCCUCCAAAGCCCGCUGCAAGUCCUACAUCAACCUGCGCGAGGUGACCCAGCGUUUCCGCCUGACCCCCGGGGAGUACGUCAUCGUCCCCUCCACGUACGAGCCGCACCAGGAGGGAGAGUUCAUCCUGCGAGUCUUCUCUGAAAAGAAGAACACCUCAGAGGAGAUAGAGAACAGGAUCGAGGCCGAUCAUCCAGUGCCGGCGCCGGCCUCAGCGGGGGAAGAGAGCGAGGAGGACCAGCAGUUCAGGACUAUUUUUCAGGAGAUAGCCGGUGAUGACAUGGAAAUCACAGCCAACGAACUGAAGAACGUUCUCAACAGAGUGAUCACCAAACACAAGGACCUGAACACAGAGGGCUUCAGCCUGGAGAGCUGCAGGAGCAUGAUUGCUCUGAUGGACAUGGACGGGACAGGUAGACUCAACCUUCAGGAGUUCAGACAUCUGUGGAAUAAGAUCAAACAGUGGCAGGGAAUCUUUAAGCACUAUAACGCUGAUCAGACCGGCAGCAUCAACAGUUACGAGAUGAGGAAUGCUGUCAAUGACGCAGGCUUCCGUCUCAACAACCAGCUGUACGACAUCAUCACCAUGCGCUACGCAAACGAGAACAUGAACAUCGACUUCGACAGCUUCAUCAGCUGUCUGGUCCGGCUCGAAGCCAUGUUCAGGGCGUUCCAGGCCUUCGAUCAGGAUGGAGAUGGUACGAUCAGACUCAGUGUCCUGGAGUGGCUCCAGUUGACCAUGUACGCCUAGACAGGCCCAUCUUCCUCCAGGUGAGCUCCACUCCACACGAGGACCAGACCUGCCAGCCUUUACCUCAAUAUUCAGUGUGCCCGAUCGUCGUUAGCUCUCAUCCACCUCACCUCCAGCCUCCCCUCCCUCCUCAGCUCUGCUCUUUCUACUCUGAGAUGUUCAACAUGCUUCUUCAACUUCAUCUUUUCUUCCUCUUUCUGGGUCUCAGGCUUUCUGCAUUUCUUUCCCUGCUCUCGUCUUUUCAUUAUCAUCGAAAUAUCAGUCUCUCCUUUCAGCCAUUAGCCUGUUUUUUUUUUUUUUUUUUUUUUUUCCCCAAAGUCUCUUGUCCCGUACUUUUUCUCAGGCAUCAAACACACACAACCUCUUUUUUUCUGUCACAAUACCUCACAGAGCUCCUUCUACAGUACCACCCUCCCACGUCAUCUUCUUCUACUGUUAUCAAACAGGCCAUUCUUCCUGUAUUCACCCCAGUGAACUGGGCUCUCUGGUGGACCUGUUAUAUUUCUGAUAACCCCCCCCCUUUCCAGGCACCACCCUGUUUUUAAUCACUUAUUUUUGUCAAUAAAACUCCUGCUGGACUUUUUGUGGACCUCAACAAUCAGUCACACUUCACUCUCCCUGGUGACUGUGCUGGGUACGAGCCAUCUAGCGCUCCCUGGUGGACAAACUCAGGCUUCUCCACGACGACUGUCCCGUCUUUCAGCUCUUCAUGUGGAUGGAGGAGAUUCAAGAACAAAACUGAGGAGCCGACGAGUUUUUACUUUAACGCCGACGUUCGAGGUUAUAAAAUAUAUGGAUUUGAAAGAAUAUGGCUAAUGGGUUGGACUGCAGCUUUUUGUGAUUUUUUUUCCUACUAAGGCUUUGGUCAAUGAGUGUACUGCAUUUUUAACCAUUUUAACCAAAUAAAUAAAUAAAUGUGUAGUUAUUGGUUUGAGUGCGUUACCAGUAGACUUGAUGUGAAA